CUCCGCCUCAUCCGUUGUUGGGCAAUAGUCUGCUCCGUCGAAACGGUCUCGACCGAAACUUUUCAGGUCACUAAGAGCUCAAGACCUCUUUUCACCGCUCUCGUAUUUACUUUUUUCGAUACACUUUUCGAGUGGAAGUAACCUCGGACGCGGACGUGAGGAGCACAGCUGAGUCUGCGAGGUGAGGAAGAGGGAGGAAAACUUUCCAGGCGAGGAAUUCCGUAAUUCUCAUUCCUCCAUUUUGAACUUUUAAACUCCCGUUUGUCUAGCGGAUUGUUGUCGACAUCAUGACAAGCAUCAACACAGCUAACAUCAACUUUAAAUGGGACCCCAAGAGUCUAGAGAUCCGUACUCUAGCAGUGGAGAGGCUACUGGAGCCCCUAGUCACCCAGGUCACUACUUUGGUAAACUCCAGCAACAAAGGUCCAUCUAACAAGAAGAAGGGACGCUCCAAGAAGGCUCAUGUUUUGGCUGCGUCAGUGGAGACCGCAACUCAAAACUUUCUUGAGAAAGGAGAAAAAAUUGCCAAGGAAAGUCAGUUCCUUAAGGAUGAGCUGACUGCUGCUGUGGAGGAUGUCCGCAAGCAAGGUGAGUCAAUGCGGCUGGCUUCUGGAGAAUUUGCAGAAGACCCCUGCUCCUCUGUGAAGAGGGGCAAUAUGGUUCGAGCUGCCAGAGCCCUCCUUUCCGCAGUCACACAUCUGUUGGUGCUGGCAGACAUGUCUGAUGUCUACAAACUGCUACUGCAGCUUAAACUGGUGGAGGACAGUCUUGUUAAAGUGCGCAAUGCAGGAACAGAGCAGGACUUGGGAAUCCAAUACAAGGCCUUGAAACCAGAGGUGGACAAGCUGAACAUCAUGGCAGCCAAGAGACAGCAGGAGCUAAAGGACGUCCAUCACAAGGACCAAAUGGCUGCUGCUCGUGGAGUGCUUCAGAGGAACAUCCCCAUGCUGUACACAGCAUCCCGUGCCUGCUUGCAGCAUCCUGACGUGGCAGCCUACAAGGCUAACCGCGACCUGAUCUAUAAGCAGCUGCAGCACGCCGUCUCUGGCAUCUCCAACGCUGCCCAGGCCACAUCCACUGAAGACUCUGCCCUCAGUCAGCCAGCAGGGGGUGGAGAACUUGCCUAUGCCCUCAACAAUUUUGAUAAACAAAUCAUUGUGGACCCCCUGGCGUUCAGCGAGGAGCGCUUCCGUCCUUCCCUGGAGGAGCGCCUUGAGAGCAUUAUCAGUGGUGCUGCCCUCAUGGCUGACUCUUCAUGCACACGUGAUGACCGCAGGGAGCGCAUCGUGGCCGAAUGCAAUUCUGUGCGCCAGGCUCUUCAGGACCUUCUGUCUGAGUAUAUGGGCAAUGCGGGAAGGAAGGACAGGAGUGAUGCUCUGAACACAGCCAUCGACAGGAUGACAAAGAAGACCAGAGACCUUCGCAGACAGCUGCGUAAAGCUGUGAUGGACCAUGUUUCUGACUCUUUCCUGGAGACCAAUGUUCCCCUUCUGGUCCUGAUUGAAGCUGCCAAGAAUGGCAAUGAAAAAGAAGUAAAGGAAUAUGCACAGGUGUUCCGUGAGCAUGCCAACAAGUUGAUCGAGGUGGCCAACCUGGCAUGCUCCAUUUCCAACAAUGAGGAGGGAGUGAAGCUGGUCCGCAUGGCAGCAUCUCAACUGGAAACUCUGUGCCCCCAGGUGAUUAAUGCAGCAUUGGCCCUUGCUGCCAAGCCCAACAGUAAGGUGGCCCAGGACAAUAUGGAUUUGUUCAAGGAGCAGUGGGAGAAGCAGGUCCGCGUCCUCACUGAUGCCGUUGAUGACAUAACGUCGAUUGAUGACUUCCUUUGUGUGUCUGAGAACCACAUCCUGGAAGAUGUGAAUAAGUGUGUCAUCGCUCUGCAAGAAAAGGAUGUCGAUGGUUUGGAUCGUACUGCUGGGGCAAUUCGAGGCCGUGCUGCCAGAGUUGUCCACGUUGUCACUUCUGAAAUGGACAAUUACGAACCUGGAGUCUACACAGAGAAGGUCUUGGAGGCUACCAAGCUUCUUACUGACACAGUCAUGCCACGGUUCACGGAACAAGUGGAGUCUGCAGUGGAGGCCCUGAGUGCAAAUCCCUCACAACCUGUGGAUGAGAAUGAGUUCAUUGAUGCAUCCCGCCUGGUAUAUGAUGGCAUUCGGGACAUUCGUAAGGCUGUCCUUAUGAUCAGAACUCCAGAGGAAUUGGAUGACUCUGACUUUGAGACUGAAGACUUUGAUGUUCGCAGCAGGACCAGCGUGCAGACAGAGGAUGACCAACUUAUUGCCGGCCAAAGUGCACGCGCUAUCAUGGCCCAGUUGCCUCAGGAGCAGAAGGCAAAGAUUGCAGAACAGGUGGCUAGCUUCCAGGAAGAGAAGAGCAAGCUGGAUGCAGAGGUAUCCAAGUGGGAUGACAGCGGCAAUGACAUCAUUGUGUUGGCUAAGCAGAUGUGCAUGAUCAUGAUGGAGAUGACAGACUUCACCAGGGGGAAAGGUCCACUGAAGAAUACGUCUGAUGUCAUCAGCGCUGCCAAGAAAAUUGCAGAGGCAGGAUCAAGAAUGGACAAGCUGGGCCGCACCAUCGCUGACAAUUGCCCAGACUCUACCUGUAAAAAUGACCUGCUCGCCUACCUGCAGCGUAUCGCCUUGUAUUGCCACCAGCUGAACAUCUGCAGCAAAGUCAAGGCUGAGGUUCAGAACCUGGGGGGAGAGCUGGUUGUGUCUGGGCUGGACAGCGCCAUGUCCCUCAUUCAAGCUGCGAAGAACCUGAUGAACACCGUGGUGUCUACGGUCAAGGCCUCCUACGUUGCAUCUACUAAAUACCAAAAGAACAAAGGCAUGGAGUCCCUGAAUAUGCCAGCGAUCUCUUGGAGGAUGAAAGCUCCUGAGAAGAAGCCUCUGGUGAAGAGAGAGAAGCAGGAUGACGGGCAGACCAACAGAGUCAAGAGAUCCUCCCACAAGAAGCACAUCAACCCUGUUCAGGCUCUGAGUGAAUUUAAAGCCAUGGAUAGUAUCUAAAGCCCAGGCCUCUCCUUAUUUGAUUCAAGAGAUCACAUAAAUAUGACCAAUGAGUUUAUAUAUAGAUGGAGCUUAUCGUUCUUUCAAAGAGAAAAUGUUUCGACAUAUUUCUUCUAUCUUUCCAUAGACAUCUUGUCUGUUUGACCCAUUAUAUUCCUACAUUGACUCAUUUUUAUUCCAUAAGUUGUAAAUUGCUCUAGUCUGUAGCAUUAACUCUAUUCUCUGGAAACUGCAGUUACGAGGGAAAUCAACUGGACAAAGGUGUUUUUUUUAAAAUGCAUUUCUCAUUUUCUUUCAUGUAAAUGGGAGAAAAUAGAGGAGGUUUGAUAGGUGUAGGAACUAAUUCCAAGAAGCUUUUUGAGUAUUUUGUAUUCUAACCAGUUUUACAGUAAAACUACGGGGUCUGGUGUUUUCCAUUCUAACAUGCAGUUAUGGCAAACAUACCUUCUGUACUGAAAAUAUCAACUAUGCAAAAUUUCAACUGCCUUAUUUUAACUUGAGGAAUAACUAGUUAAUACGGAUGCUGGGCUGAACGGUCAGAUUUAAACAUGAUGUUUCCAUGUGUGCCUGCAUUUUUGUAAUACUUUAUGCCACGAUAAACACUGCAAACAAGUUCAAACUGACUUUAAAGGGUACAUUCACUGCUCUAUGACUAAUGAUUCACACCCCUUAAAGAUCUGGACUGUUAAUUACAUUUUUUUCUGAACACUAGCCAUCUCAGUUCAUACUUCAUGUUUUUCAUGUUCACAAAACCAAAGGGGAUAAAUUAUUCUUGUCACCCCUUGUAUUUUCUUACAUAACUAGUGCUAAGACACACACAUCCACCCAGUUCAGUCAAACUUUGUAAAUUAGCGCCAACCCCUCUGUGUCUGUGGAGAACCCAGCGGACUGAAGAAUGAGUAGAACGUGUGUCGGUACAGUCCAAAGCCGACGAGCUUCAUUAACUGUCAAUGAGACCAAACACCUCCACAUUCUGAAUGUGUCCAUAUUGAGGGAUCAAUAUGUUUUCUCUUUACAGCUCAGAGUUUGGCAAGGAAGGGAGGCGAUUUCACUGCCUUUAAACUCUGUUUAUUGUUUGUAUCCUUUCUCCUGAAGCUUGAACACUAAUCAAGUGUUUUUUUUUAUGUCAUGCACAAUCUUUUUAAAAACCUAGAAACAACCUGCCAGAUGUUGGAGCUUUAAAAUGAAAAGAAAAUAUGUUGUUUUGUUAUUUUUUCACAUCAAGUAUAAAGCAUCUGGGAUGGAGUUGCUCUGUGCAGCGUGCUUUCCAGUCUUGCAUAGUGUUGUGCUGCAUUGGUCUACAACAAGGCUUUGAAAUCCCGCUGCUUUAGUCUUGGGGAUCAUACUUUUGCUUUUUUGAACUCUAGCAGGACGGGCAUGUACGGUUAUUUGACAGGUGAAUAUUUUUACGAUAGAAUCAUGUGUUUUUCAGUAGAUUUAUUUCCUCACUGUUCGUCUUUUGCCGUGUUGUUUGGAUUUGAAUCUCGAGUGAUCUCAAACUACUUUGCUGUGGAUUUUUUUUGUUAUUGAGAGCUGACCUAUUAGUGCACACAUUUCUUACAUUAAUGUGCCUGCUUUAUAUCUUAAUAAAUGAUUAAAACAAUUCCAA